AUGCCUCAGUUAGACACUCCGAUCCGGCAUCUCCGCUCAGCUGCAAAACGCGGCGGCGGUGAAUAUCUCAAUCGGUUUUUCACUGUAGCGAUCCAUCCUCCACCAGACUAUAAGCUACUUUUACUUGACAACGGCAAAGGCGCAAAUUUCCGGCCGAUGAUACAUCAGAAUGACCCAAUUAUCCACAUGAUGAAAAUCGUCAUCCGGCAACUGAAUAGAGAGGAUAUUCACUUCGCUGCCGCCCACAUCCGUGUACAUGCCACUACAGAUGCACGACCCUUCUGGCCCAUCAUCGAUCCGAUGUGCCCAGUUUACGACGCAAAGUUGUAUACCUUCCUCAUGGACGACUUUCCUUGCAGAGAGGAGUUUCCUAUCAGCGCCUGGAUCUGCGUAUAUACCCUCAUCGGAAACUUGCACAAGGACGCGCUCUACAUUAAGAUUGGCGAAAAGUCGUUGGAGUUCCGCCAGUAG